UAUAGCACUCAUGAGUUCCAUCGACAACCCUCCUCCUUCUUCUUUCACAUGCCUUGUCGUAAAUGAGAGAGCAGUACAAUGGUUCCAAAAGAAAACAAUUGGCGAAACAACUUAUCUCAUAAUCUCUGAUGUUCAAUACGAGGACACUUUAAAUUCUCACCAUCUCCGAUCGGUUCUUGGAUGCAACAAUAAAGAAGGCGAACGAAGCGACCACUACUGCUGGGCUUGUAGAAGUUAUAAAACUGGUACCACCUAUUUUUAUUAUUGCAACGAGUGUAAUAACUAUUACCACAAAGAAUGUGUUGAGUCUCCUCCUAUAUUCAUUUCCUCUUACCACCCAAAAUAUCCUCUUCAGCUUCUCAAAUAUGAUAGGGGUAUUAGACGGGAAUGUCUUUGUUGUGGGUUAGAAAUCUACGGACUAGUUUAUCAUUCUUCUAUUUCUGAUCUUUUUAUGGAUCCUCUUUGCGCAAGCAAACAAGAGUUUUCUACUAUACACAAUCCAGAAAGGCAUGAGCAUACCCUCCAUUACUUUCCUAGAAAAGCACCAAUUACUUGCGAUGUUUGCGCAUCUGAUGAUACCAAAAAUUGCUUCUACUCUUGUCUUCAAUGCGAUUUUAUUGUCCAUGGAAGAUGUAUCAACUUGCCACACGUCAUACGAAUAUCUUGUCACAGCCACCGUCUUUCUUUUACUAGUUCUCUUCCUUUCGGAAAUUCUUGGUUUUGCGGAGUUUGUAGCCAGAAGAUGGAUGAAAACUAUGGAUCAUAUUCUUGCACAAAGAGUUGCACCUAUGCAGUGCACACUAACUGUGCUACUUUGCUUGAUAUAUGGGCUGGUAAGGAACUCAAGGACCAACCAGAGCUGGAAGAUGAUAAUAUUAAGCCGUCGUUUGAGGAGAUGGGUGAUGGAAUUAUACGACAUUUUAGGCAUGCACACCAUCGCAUGAAAUUUAUUGAAGAUAUUGAAGGAGUUUUUGAUGCAAAACAACAACAUUGUCAAGCGUGCAUAUUUCCUCUUUAUGAUGGUAAUGUUUAUACAUGUAUGGAAUGUGAUUUUUUUCUCCAUGGAACGUGUGCAAAUCUUCCUCGCAUAAAACGUAUUGAACAUCGCCACCGAUUAAUUCUAGUUAAAGGAGGAAGCUAUUUUUAUUGUCGAUUUUGCGAUCGCUACUCUUGCGGUUUCGGAUACACGUGUGGCGAAGGGUGUCUCGAUUACUACCUGGACGUAAGAUGUGCCUCCUUAUCACAACUGGUCGAUCAUCCAUCUCAUCCACAUCCUUUCUUCUUAUUCUAUCAACGAAAAUCUUAUCAAAAAUGUUCGGCAUGUGAAAGAACAGUAAGUAUAAGUUUAAAUUGUAUUGAACGUGACUUUGUAUUGUGCUGUCGUUGUGCCAGUCUUCCUUACAAGGUUAAGUAUGAUCAUGAUGAGCAUAUGCUCACCCUUUCUUAUGAGAAAAUUGCAAGUGGUCCUUGUUGGUGCCAAAUUUGUGAGGAGACAACAGAUCCGAAGAAAGGAUACUACACAUGCAGUGAGUGUAGAGUCACAUUCCAUACAGAAUGUGUACUGGGAAAUGACAUCUAUCUGAAGGAAGGAAAUGAGCUAUAUACAUACUACGGACGCAAAGUUGAGAUCAUCCUUAACAACCGUCUCAGCCGACCCAUCUGCCAUGGUUGUCGAAAACGCUGUCAAUACAAUAUAGUAUUCAAAAAUUAUCUUGGAAAUAUAUUCUGUUCCUCCAUUGAGGUAAUAUAUUCUCGAUAA